UACUAAAUAAUAAUAAAUAUAAACAAUAACAAUUGGAAAAAAAAUAUAUAAUAAUUUUAUCAGAGAUAUUGCUAAAAAAAAAAAUAGCCAGUCAGGAUUUUUUGUUGUGUAUAUUGCUCUGGUUGUAUUUGUGAUAUAUAUAUUUUCUUCUCUUGAGUAAAAAAGAAAGAACGAAACAUUGUGAAGUGUAUGGCGGCAAGAAAGGCCAAAUAGGUGAUAGUGGUGGCAAAAGAGAAGGAAAGAAACAAGUCGUCGAGGAGAGCUGGCAAGGUGACUUAAAUGGGGGAGUUAAAAAAGUGAUUUAAGUUGAUUUUUUUUUUUUUUUUUUAAAUUGUGAAUGGUUGAAAGAGAGAAUAAGAUAAAAGUCUUCAAGAUAAGUGGCGUGAAAGUUUUUUUUUUCCAUUUAAAAAUCAACCCCUGUUGAUUUUUCCUUCGAAAAUUCAACGAAAAUCCAUCGACCUUCCCGUGGCCUUCUCUUCUAUUCGAGGGCUAUUUAUAUUUAUUAUUUUUUUUUUUUUUCACUGUAAAAGCUGAUUCAUGUGGAUUUUUUUAAAAUUCAAAAAAAAAAAGUAAAAUAUAUACUGAUAUUUAUUUUUCAUCAUAAGGAACCACGCUGUGGCACAAACCAUGAGAUUUGGAGCUACUUGAUACAAAUAAAUAAUAUAUCAAGACGAAUAUAUUUAUAUGAAGUAUAUGCGUACUCAGGAUGCUAAAAAGAUUGAUGUCACGUGACAUAAAAGAAGUUUAUUUUUUGAUAAUUAAUUAUAAUUUAAACAUUAGCUGAAAAUGUCGGAACGUAACGGGCCGACGGAGGGCUCGGGUUGGUGGUCACCAGCACAAAUAUGGAAAACUUCAUCAUCAACAUCAUCAUCAAUAACAACAUCAACAACAGUUGCAUCAACUUCAGUAAUAACAUCACGUUUAUCAGAUACAGGAAAAAAUGUAUCAGUAACAACAAUAAAUGUACCCCAAGCACAAGAUGUACACGAUGUUAAAAAUAUAAAAUAUCUUGGUGGUCAAAAUGGUGUAACAGUAUCAGUGGUAUCAUCGUGUGGUAGUCCAGCAUCAACAUUAACAGAUCAUCAAUUACCAGAGAAUUCAUCAGUUGAUGAUGAUGUUGAAGAUAGUGAUGGAGAAGUAUCAAAAAUUGAUUUUCGUGGUGUUAAUCUUCGUACAAAAAAAAAACGUGAUUCUGAAUCUGAAUGUGGAAUAACAACAACAAAUAAUAAUAAUAAUGUACAUCAUCAACAACAACAACAACAACCAGAAAGACCAAUGUCAUGGGAAGGUGAAUUAUCUGAUCAUGAAAUGUCAUCAAAUACAAUUAUGAAUCAAGAUCAUGAAGAAACAUCAAUGGAAGGUGUACAAGCAUGUAGUCCAAGUCCAGUAACACCAGAAACACAAAAAUAUCCAAUUAAACCAGAACCUGAUUAUUGUUCAAGUCCUGGAUUAUCUUCUCAUGAAGCUGUAAUGCCACUUUCACAUUCUCAACAUUUACAAAAUCAUCAUCAUCAUCAUCAUAUACAAAAUCAACAACAACAACAACAUCAUCACCAUCAUCAAUUACAACAACAACAGCAGCAUCAACAUCAUCAUCAACAACAACAAUUGCACUCUCAGCGAGACGAUCAAAAUCAACAAAAUGAUUUACCAUUAAUUGUUGAUAAGUUGCUGGAUAAUUAUAAUAAUACAACACCAAAUCACAGUCCAAUAUUAAAUCCACGUCAUCAUUUAACAAAACAUGGUCAUACAAGAUCACAAGUACCAUCACCUGAUUCAGCAAUACAUUCGGCAUACAGUGUAUUUUCAUCACCAACACAAAGUCCUCAUGCUGCACGUCAUUCAGCUCUUGGUUCUGGUAGUCCAAUACCAUCAUCAACAUUAUCACGUCAAAGUUUUAAUAAUUCAACAUCAUCAUUAUCAUUGUCACAUUCAUUAUCACGAAAUAAUUCUGAUGCUUCAAGUAGCUGUUAUAGUUAUGGUUCUCUAAGUCCACCAACUCAUUCACCUAUUCAACAACCACGUCAUGCACAACAUCAUCAUCAGCAUCAUCAUCACCAUCAGCAGCAUCAUCAACAUCAUCAUCAUCAACAACAACAACAACAACAGCAACAUCAUCAACAAUCACAACAACAAUAUCAUCAGCAAAUAUCACAAACUGGAAGCCCAUUACAUUUACCUAUAUCAUCACCAUCAUCAUCAUCAUCAUCAACAAUAACAAAUACUUAUAAUAAUAAUAGUAAUAAUAAUCAAACAGAUUUAUCUGAACAACAUGAUGAUCAAGAAGAUUGUAAAGUACCUCUAGCCUCAUCAGGCAUAUCAACAAGACAACAACUUAUAAAUAGUCCAUGUCCAAUAUGUGGUGAUAAAAUAAGUGGUUUUCAUUAUGGUAUAUUUUCAUGUGAAUCAUGUAAAGGUUUUUUUAAACGUACUGUACAAAAUCGUAAAAAUUAUGUAUGUCUUAGAGGAGCAAUAUGUCCAGUAACUGUUGGUACACGUAAAAAAUGUCCAGCAUGUCGUUUUGAUAAAUGUUUAAAUAUGGGAAUGAAACUUGAAGCAAUUAGAGAAGAUAGAACACGUGGUGGUAGAAGUACAUAUCAAUGUACAUAUACAAUACCAGCAAAUUUAAUUGGUAAUAAUAAUAAUAAUAAUAAUACAAAUAGUUUAUCUGGUGAUAAAAUGACUGGUGGUAAUUGUAGUCCAGCACCAUCUGGUAAUGAACAUUAUCAUAGUAGUGGUGGUAGUGGAGGUGGAGGUGGUGGUAGACAUCAUUGGAAUAAUUUAAAUAAAUUACCAGUACCACAAUUAUUACAAGAAAUAAUGGAUGUCGAACAUCUUUGGCAUUACAAUGAUAACGAUCGUGCAAGUGGGAGUAGUAGUGGUGGUGGUAAUAGUAAUACUGCUAAUAGUGCUAGUGGUCCUUCAAGUGAAUCAUUAGAUAUCGGUAAUAAUAAUUUUGAAGAAACAAAAGGAACAAUAUCAACAUCUGAUUUAUCAAAGGCAACAACAGAAACAACAACAGCGACGACAACAACAACUCCAACCUCAUCAUCAUCAACAUCAACAUCAAAUCAUGAUGAUGAUAAUUCAACAAACAAUAAUACAACAAAUUUAAAUCCAAAUACAAAUUCACCAGAUUUUCUAUCAAAUUUGUGCAAUAUUGCUGAUCAUAGAUUAUAUAAAAUAGUAAAAUGGUGUAAAAGUUUGCCAUUAUUUAAAAAUAUAUCAAUUGAUGAUCAAAUAUUAUUACUUAUUAAUUCAUGGUGUGAAUUAUUAUUAUUUUCAUGUUGUUUUCGUAGUAUGACAACACCUGGUGAAAUACGUGUAUCAUUGGGUAAAUCAAUAACACUUGAACAAGCAAGACAAUUGGGUUUAGCAACUUGUAUUGAAAGAAUGCUUGCUUUUACUGAUAAUUUAAGAAGACUAAAAGUUGAUCAAUAUGAAUAUGUUGCCAUGAAAGUAAUUGUACUAUUGACAUCAGAUACAAGUGAACUUAAAGAACCAGAAAAAGUACGUUCAUCACAAGAAAAAGCACUUCAAGCAUUACAACAAUAUACAAUAGGAAAAUUUCCAGAUAUGCCAGCUAAAUUUGGUGAAUUAUUAUUACGAAUACCAGAUCUUCAACGUACUUGUCAAGCUGGUAAAGAAUUAUUAACACAAAAACGAGCUGAAGGUGAAGGUUGUUCUUUUAAUUUAUUAAUGGAACUUCUUCGAGGUGAUCAUUAAUACUUAAUUAUUUAUAUAAACAUUUUUUUUUUUUUUUAAAUCUAAUAAAUAAUAAUUAUUCAUUCAUCAGAUAAAACGAAAAAAAAAAAUUUAUAAAAAAAAACAAUUUAAAAAAUGACUGUAAUUUAGUAUUUAAGAUCAUUGGUGAGGGGACACACUUUUUUUUUUUUUUUUUACAUAGAAACUUAUUUAUAGAAAUUUUUGAAACUAUACAUUAUAUAUAUAAUAAAAAAAAGUAAGAAAAAAGUAAAAAAAAAAAAAUACAUAUAUAUAAAUUAAUAGAGUAAAUAUAUUUUAUAUUAAAAAUUAAAAAAAAAAAUAAAAAAAAAAUGCUUCCAGCGACAAAAGUUUGAAAGAACUUGCAUUCCUGUCGUUAAAAUAUAUUUAUAUAUAUAUAUAUUUUUUUUUUCCUGGAGAUAGCCAAGUGUGGCUGAUGUCCAGGUGCGAGUGAGACUGAAAUUUUUAUAAUGACCGGAUGAAUAUUGGGCGCACGCAAUUUUUUUUUUUUUUUUAUUUUCUUAUUUUUUUUUUACCGAGGUAGAUGGAUGAUAUAGAGUAAAUGAAUAAAUAAUUAUAAUUUUUUUUUUUUUUAUACCUUUUUUAAGAUAAUAAUAAUCUUGGAAAGUUUGUAUUUAUGAAAAAAUGAAAUAAUAUUAUUGAUUUCAUGACAAUAACGAAUCAAGUAUUUUCUACCAUUUUUGGUCUUUUUUUUUAAAAAAAAAUUAACAAAUUACUUAAAAAAAAAAAAAAAAAAAUGUAGAAUAUUUUUUCGCAAUGGUGUACUUAAUAAUGUGAAUUUUUUCGUUUUUUAAAUAUAAUUUUUUUACAAUUAUUAUUAGGUAUGUUAUAAAAGCAACGUUGCCUUGUGCCUUUCUCGAAAAAAAUAUAUAUUUGUUUAUGAUGAUAAACCGUCCAUACUUAAUUAUUAUUAUUAAUAAAAAUAGAAAAUUACGAAUUUGGUUUACUUGCAAUAUACAAUUAACGAGGUUUUUUUUUUUGAUACAGUAACGAGACUGUGUUUAACAGUGACAAAUCCAGUGAUGUAAAAAAAAAAAAAAAACAAAAAUGUUAUGUAAUUGAUUAAAAAAAAUUUCCACAGUCUCAUUGUUAUCUAUAAUAUUAUUAUUUUUAUAAAUUACAAUUUUAUUAUUCACGUGACGUGUAUCACAUGUGAUACACGAACUAACGCGUGCAUUAUUAAAUUUUUGAGCUCGCUUGAUAUUUUAAAAAAUACCAAGUUCAUGCAUUCACUUAGUAAUUAACGAAAAAACAAAAUUCAUUUAUGUACCUUUAUAUUCAUGAGAAAAAAAAAAACAAAAAAAAGACUGCAAUAAUUAGGAACGAGAAAGAACAAAAAAAAAAAAUAAUAAAUGUAUAUUAAUUAAAUAAAUAGCAAGUGAUUUAAAAAAUAAUUAAUAAAAAUGCGCGGGGCAACGUGCAAAUAGUAACGCUGGCGAUACAUUUUUUUUUUUUUUUUUUU